AUGAUCAGCCGGCCCGGGAAGGCUCGGCCGCGGCACAGGCGUGCUGGCGAGAGCUAUGAUGAGAAGUGCGAGCGGCGGCAUGAGACGCGGGAGAACCUGCGGCGGCGGAACAACGUGACAACCUGCCGGCACCUCGGGAGGGGGGCAGAGGAGCCAGCACAGAGCCCCCGGCAAAGGGAGUUCCUGAGGAGGAGAAACCUGGCGAGCGAUGCGGGGGGGACACCUCUGCUCCACAUCCCCCAGGACCCCUCCUCGCAGAUGGAGCUGAGACCACCCAUCCUGCUCCAGGAACCCAGACCCUUCCAGAUCCAAGCGCAGGAGUGA